UGAUAUUGAUAUUGAAAUAUGUGUUAUAGAAUCCUCCCCCUAUACUCCUAAUUUGAGCUUCUCAGACUAUAUAUAGAUUAUAGGACACAACACUACACACAAUCACACACCUAUAAUUUUAAUUCAUAUUUGGCGUCCCAUUAUUUUACAAUAAUUCGUUUAUGACCAAACCAGUUCAUCACUCUCUCGCCUCGAUAUUAUAACCCAUCUUCAUUUGAAUCAAAGAAGAAAGUCUCCUCAUUCCUUCUUCUUCUCCUCACUCUCUUUUCUUUCUUUCUUUCUUUUAUUCUAUUCCUCUCUAGCACUCCCUUGUGUUGAAACAUCUUCAACCUGAGAGUUUACUUUUGUUUGGUUUUUCAUUAUAGCAUUAUUAUUAUGGCUCAGAAGUACUUGCACGAGCUACUUGAGGAGGAUCAAGAACCGUUCUUUCUAAACAAGUAUAUUUCCGAUAGGCGAACCCAGAUGAAGAGGCCUUCCCCGAAGACGAGUCUGCAAGUGAAGAAACGCAAAUCAAUCAAUCCAAACACAAACUUCCCGAGAAAUCUCUGCAAAAGCGCUUGUCUUUUCUCUCUCACAGACACCCCCGACCUCAGAAAAUCACCACUCUUCGAAUUCACUUCCCCAGUCAAAAGCCCUUGCAAAUCACCAAACGCUAUUUUUCUACACAUCCCUUCUAGAACCGCUGCUCUGCUUCUAGAAGCCGCUCUCAGGAUCCAGAAACACUCCUCACAUGUUACUUCAAAGCCCAAAACAAAAGCCCAUUCCUUCGGCCUCUUCGGGUCACUGUACAAGAGACUCACUCAACGGAACCAGAAAAAGCAUGAGAUAGAGAGUGGUGGAGGCGUUAAGAUUUCCGUGAAGGAUGUUUUGAAGUGGGAUUCUUCUGUGGGGCGAAGAAAAGUUUCUAAAGCCAACGGGAAAUGCAAGGAGCAAGAAGAAACAGUGAAUGUGAAUGUGAAUGUGAAUACGUGUUCUUACAAUGGUAGUAGUGCUCUUUGGUCAGAGAGCAAUGAAGAUAACAAAUCACUAGACAUGGAAACCUCAAGUAGUGGCUACUACUCUGAAGAGAUUCACUUCGUAACCAAUCACAAACAGUACUCCACGUGCUUCUGCGAAAGCCCGUUCCGUUUUGUUCUCCAAACAAGUUCCCCUUCCUCCGGUCAUCACACGCCGGAGCUUCCCUCGCCGAGUCGCCACCCAACUGAGGAGAAAGAAAGUAAUGAAGGUGAGAGUGUGAAGAAAUUCGAAUCAGGGGAAGAGGAGGAGGAAGAUAAGGAACAGUGCAGUCCAGUGAGUGUGUUAGACCCUCCAUUCGAGGACGAUGACGAAGGGCAUGGAAACGGUGAUGAAGAAGAAGAGGAAGAGGAGGAGGGUGGUUUUGAUAUGGAGUGCAGUUAUGCGAUUGUACAGAGAGCCAAGCAGCAGUUAUUGUACAAACUUUGUAGAUUUGAGAAACUGGCGGAGUUGGAUCCAGUAGAACUUGAGAAAAGAAUGCAGGACCAAGAAGAGGACGAGGAUGAAACAUUUAUGGAAGAGGAACAUGGUGAUGAUGAGAACAACCAAGCAUCAUACAAAGAAAAUGACUUCAUAGAACUAAUUUUCCAAGCUCUGUGCCAAUCAAGGGUCCAUGACAGACAGCAAAUCCCAGAGGACUUUAAGAAGCUGGUAUCUGAUCUCAUUAUGGAAGAAGAGAGAGCACUUGAUUCCUUAGAAGAUAGGGACAUGGUGAUAAGAAGGAUAUGCAAGAGGCUGGAAUUAUGGAAAGAAGUGGAGUCUAACACAAUUGACAUGAUGAUAGAAGAUGACUUCUCUAGAGAGGAUGGUGUGUGGAGGAAAAAUAUAGAGCAGAUAAGAAAUAUGGCUGGGGAGCUUGAGCUUGCUAUCUUUGGCUUUCUGGUAGAGGAAUUUUCAGAGGAACUAGUAUGUUAAUUAAUUGGGGGUAAAUUUUGAAGCAGCUCAAGAACUUAGUAUGAAUGAUUAUCUAUAUUCUUUUUCUUAGAUUAAGAGUACAGUCUGACUUGCAAUGGAUAAUAGGCUAGUAAUUGGAAAAAAAAAAGUAACCCAAAAAUAUAAUCAGGGUAUAUAUGUACAUGACUCAUGCUUGUAGCUGGCUGUGGGGAUGCUGUAAGUUAUGUAAUAAUAUAAUUUACACUUCUUGAUCCCA